AACUGGUUCGACGAUGAGCUCUUCAAAGCUCUCGAACCUGUCGUGGGCAGAAUUGCGGGACAGAGCCCGCCGCAUCGGCCGCCGUUGGCUGCCCGAAGAGCCGGCGGUCGAGCUGUCUGGCGCCGCCCCAAUCGCGCGCCCCCCUUCGUCGGCCGAGACCGCGCCGCGCGCUGGAGGAGGUCGGGCCGAGCAGCAGUGCCCCGCGGUAGUCGAGGCCGCGCCGCGCACGGGAGAGGAGAGGGCCGAGCGGCGCCCCGUGGUGCCCGCCGCGAUCGGACGUCGUGGGUUGUCCGAAGAGUCGCCGACCCCGCAAAUAGAAGACGGCGGGGAGCUUUCCCACGCACCGCCGGAGAUGGAGUUUCGUCCGUGGAAGGAGGGAGAAACGAGGAAGAAGGUAGUGGCGGCGGCGCCCGUUGCUUCGGACGACGGGGAGGUGGCCUCAGUAGCACGUAGGACAUUCCGUCGGCGGAAUGGUUCGUCGCCGUGGAAAUCGAUGGAGGUGAAGGAGGAAGGUGGCUCCUCCUAUCCUCUCACAAACCCUAAGGGUUGCACUGAGCAGCAAGGGCUCGAUCGGACCGGGCUCGUUUUGGGCCGACUUCAUCUGUUGAGCAGGCCGCAAGGAGACCAGAGUACUGGGCUGCAAUGGGGAAAGAAGUGGGCUGAACCAAUUUCUGAAGGUGGGCCGCAGUUGGGGAGAAAGAUGGCCGAGCCAAAUCUGGGUCGUUGGCCAAUUCAUGGGCCUUAUAUGAGCAAUUUAACAUUGGCCCUUCUGUAUGGAGUGGGCUUCAUUCGAGUAGUGGAGCACGAUUGGAAGAAAAGAAAGCGCAAGAAUGCAGGAGGCAAGACGUGGAUUGCACGGUAGGCUUGAAGAAAUGGGUCGAACUGAU